AUGAAGCUGUCGAUUUUCCCGUUCCUGACUAGCGAUGAGUUCUCGCAGGCCUGUCGGGAAUUCAUACGCUUGGUGGACGGCUGUGAUGGCCAGUUGGAGCCCCUUGGAUGGACAAAGGCCAGAUUCGAUGAAACCGGUGCUGAACCUGUUUUGGUGGUGAGGAAAUAUACGGACCGCGACAGCCAGCCUACAGAGUCUACAGAGACGGAACCAGGCGUUGGCGAGAAAAAUGCCAAUAUUAAAGACGAAGAAGAAGAUAUAGAAGAGAAAGAAGAUGACCCUGUUCGACAAAUCCUCUGUAUUCAACAACCGAGUCUGAUUACGUCUAUUCUAACCUUUUGA